AUGGGUGGAGUUAUUGAGAGUUUAAAAGAAGGUGGCAUUCUCGAUUUGGACUAUGAAGUCCAUGCUAUCCCCGAAUGGAUAUCAUCUAAGGCGAUGAUAGAUUCGUGGCUUGCAGAUGCUGUCAUGUAUGAACUCUGGGUGGGCUCUGAUGAGAGUCCUGCACAGAAGAUUUAUUAUUCUGAUCUCCCAUGGCCAAUUGGAAAAUUUUUGUAUUUCAAGCAAAUUCGUUUUGCAAAACAACUACUUGGGAUAACAAAAGACAAUGCUGAGAGAAGAGAAGCAGAGAUUUAUAAGAGAGCAACAAUUGCUUAUGGAGCUAUGUCAACUAGGUUAGGGGAAGACUCCUUCUUCUUUGAAAACAGGCCAACAAGUUUGGAUGCAGAGUUCCUUGGGCAUGCCCUUUUUACACUUCAAGCUUUACCUGUGAGUAAUUCUAUAGAAUGUGUAAUAGUUGUGAUCUUUGCUAAAACUGAUUUUGGUUCAUUUAAGGGAUAUUGUGCUGUUGUUUGUAUAAAGUCUCAGAGAGAGACUGUUAAGAUGAUCCUUAUAGUGCUAUAA